AUGAGUGAAGAUGAUGAUGAUGAUGUAGAAAUUGAAACAACAUCGCCAACGCCAAUAUCAUCUACGUCAUUGCCUCUAACAAAAAGAAAAAAAGGAGUUUUUCGUAGAGAUUGGUUAUCGAUUGAUCGAUACUCGUCGUGGUUACAAGAAGUAAAUCAUGAUUUAACAAAAGCUCGUUGUAAAACUUGUCUUAAAACGUUUUCUGUUCACUGUGAUGGAAAAUCAGCUGUUGAAAAACACGUGACUAGUUAUCUACAUAAAAAAUCAAUGAAAGCAUUCGAAAAUAAUUGUUCACUAGCACAAUUUGUAAUUCCAGAACGUGAAUUAGAUAAAAUUACAGCAGCUGAAUGUGUAUUUGUUUUUCAUGGUGUAAAACAUGGACACAGUUAUCGAUCCCAAGAAUGUACAAUUAAUUUAAUUCGCAACGCAUUUGAAUCAUCAUCAUUAGCAAAAUCGAUUUCAUGUGGUAGAACUAAAUCACGAGCAAUUGUAUGCAAUGUACUUGGUCCAUAUUUUACAAAUAAAGUUAUUGAUGAUUUAUUAAAAGCACAAUAUUAUUCAUUAUCUGUUGAUGCAUCAAACAAAGGAAACUGUAAGAUUUUUCCAUUUGCAGUUCAAUAUUUUUCUCCAACAGGUGUUCGUCGAGGAUUAAUCGAGUUUAUCAGUGAUCCACAUGAAGCAGCUGUUGAUAUAUUCAACAAUAUUUGUAAAAUUAUCGAUGAUAAUAAAUUACUAAUUGAAAACUUAACUAGUUAUGGUGCCGAUAACGCGAACGUCAAUUAUGGUGAACACCAUUUAGUUUUUCAAUUCUUAAAAUCGAAAGUACCUCAUCUACUGAAAGGUAAUUGUUUUUGUCAUGUAUUACACAAUGCGGUACACGCUGCACAUGAUGAAUUGCCAAUUGAUAUUGAAGCAAUUUUAUGUAAAUUGUACUCCUAUUUCUCGAGAUCAGCGAAACGAAUUGAAAGCUUGAAAAAAUACUUUGAAUUUGUACAAACUGAAUUCAGUGUUUUAUUGCAGCAUAUAAGAACAAGGUGGUUGAGUUUACUUCGAUCUAUUGAACGAUUACUUGAAAAUUUCGAACCACUAAAAUUGUUUUUCUUAAAUCAACAAGCAUCAACAGAUGCACAACGACUUUUACAAUCAUUUUUUAAUGAUAUACAAAAUCUUUGCAUUUUAUAUUUUUUACAAAAUAUUCUUUUUGAAAUUCAAAAAGCUGAAUUACAAUUACAACGAUCAUAUACAACAGCAGUUGAUCUUCAUUUUAUUAUUACCAAUUUGCUGAACAAGCUACAACAGAAAUUAUUCGAUAAAUAUUAUGGUAAUAAUACACGUUUGAUUUUAAAUAAAUUAAAAGAAAUAGAUGAAAAACAAUGUGAUAUAUUAAUUAAAACGUUUGAUUCAUUUAUUAAUCAAUGUUCAAUCAUUCAAAUUUCUUACAUGGAAAAUGUUGUUGACGUUUUAGAUAUGAUUCAUAUACGUGAUUUAGACGAAGAUAAAUUAUAUAGUGAAUUUUAUGAUGCGAAAUCUUUAUACGAUAAUCUGAAAACAAAAAGUAUUAAAUUACAUGAUCAAGUAAAAUCUUAUAUUUCCAGUAAAACAAAUGAAUUUUCUAUAUCAAAUGUUACAAAUCAAAAUUUUGUUCAUGGUAAUUCUGAUUCGGAAGAUGAAGAAACUGUUGCAUCAUCAUCAUCAUCAUCAAACGACACAAAUGAAGAUUUCAUUAGAUCUAAUGAGUUAUGGGCGUAUAUCUUGAAUACCAGUCCUAAUGAAACAGCGAAUUUAAAAAAAAUUAUUUGUUAUAUUUUUUCCAUCCCAUGUUCAAAUUCUUUUGUAGAGUCCAUUUUCAGCAAUAUGAAACACUGCUGGAACGAUUAUCGGAAUCGUAUGAAUACGGAACUAAUCAGCUCUGAACUCAAAAUACGAAUCAAUAGUAAUUAUUCUUGUAAUCAAUUCUAUAGACGUGUAUUAAGUGAACCACAAUUGUUAAAACAAAGUCGACAAAAUGCAAAAUAUUAA